AUUCAGUUAACGAACGAAACGAAAAGCGAGCGGAUACCGCCUCGAUCGAAGCGAAACAUAAAAAAUAAAAGCCCCUGGCCAGUUGGCUUUUUGUUAUAAGAGCCAUUAUCGCAAGGUUUAUCGGGAAAUAUAGUAAACGGGUGGCGAACUCAAUUGUCCGGCUCGAUCGUUCAGUUGGCCAACAGACGUCGCGUACUGCAAAAGCGCACUCAACCCGAUCGAUUUGAGUCCCGCAUACGGGGCGUGAGAAUAUCUCCCAGUAUCUGGAAACCACCCCUAUAUAUCGAACAGUCACUGCAAAAUGUAUUCAGCACCAGCGGCAAAAAUCAAGCACUUUGGCUCCCUUAAAACGGUAGCAGCUUGGGCCGGAAUUCUCGGAGUGGUAAGUCGGCGCUGGCAAUUCAAUGUUACAGUCUAGGCCGCCAAGCGACCGCGACCCCAUUCCCAGCUCAUCGAUAAGUGAUAUGGGGAGAUGUUCGACCUGACAUUGAGCGCACUUACUAAGAUUGGAUGGUCUCUCCCUAUCGAAUAGUCCAGUAUUCCAACAGUCGGAGAGCUAAUCAUGAUACGAGUAUAAUACUCAUUGACUCAUCCGGGACGGCUCCCAAACUGAAGAACUGAGCCGCACCACAGAUAUCAGAUAAUGCCGAUUGACGUGUGUAAACAAGUGAAUGAACAAAAGAUCUAGAUUGGGACACUAAAAAACGUAAACGUAAAUAAGUACAUACAAAAUUGGAUAUUUCGCUGGGCCCAGUCCAUCAUCUGGAUGGGCUUGACCAUAACAGCGAUAUGUGCCUACAAUUGUGUCCUGUAUAUUACAAAUGACCUCACCUAUGGCUCCAUGGUCAAGACUGUAUUCUUUGACGUGUACUUCAAGGGCAGUUGCAAGAUGAAUCCCAGUGAUUACCAGAACUACGACCAAACCAUCCUGAAUACAGUGACUACUGUUUUUGAUCCCACCCAGAUUUUGAUCUGGAAUUCGGUCUACCUGGGCGUUUCGGUUUGCUGGCUAAUCGUCUCCGUUGUGCUGCUACUGUGGGUGCGCAAGGACAACCCGAAGCAGACCGUGACUGCCAUCUACAUCUGGGCCUUCUUCGUGGCCACCAUAUGCUGCAUGGAUGUAGCUUCUGGAGUGAUCUUCGGCGUGGACUACGGACGUUUCCACAAGGAGGCUCUGAGGUAUAAUGCCAAUAGUAUCAAUGCUGGUGUCAUCUAUCCCUUGGCUGCCACCUUGAUCGCCGGAGGAGUGGCUGCCAUUUCCAUGAUGGUCAUCUCCUUCAAGGGAUUCGUUCUGUGGUUCAUUAACUUUGGACUGCUCGCAUACCUUGUCGCGAGAGCCAUUCGAAUUUCCACCGAUAAGGACAAUGUGGAUACUUUGUUCAAUCCUCGCAAGGAUUCCAAUGAUAUUCUGACCACCAGGACCCCGAUUCGCGCCUACGAGGAGGUGGAGGUCCAGGCGUAUAACAAUGCCGCCUACGUUCCGGAAACCCGUUCCAUGGCCGAGACCAUCCAGGUGAACGAGGGAGCCAUCGUGCGGGCGGCGCACUUGUCGAUGGACUCGAACCUAAUGGAUCGUCGCUUCAGGGACCUCAACGCGUACCAGCAGUACCCGCCUCCGAAUCCGCAGCAAAGUCGCCCGCUGAAGCAAUCUUCGCAGAAUCCCAUGGAGACCAUUGUGGUGGCCACCUCGGGAUUCCCCGUGCCGGACUACUCCCCGCAGCCCAGUCCCAAUGGCGUUCUGCGCCACAACCAGUACUAGAUUACUAAGCCCCUUGGCGCCCCCAAAAAAGCCCUCUUCGAUACUAUAAUUCUCAAAUAAUCCCAGCUAAAGUUUAGUUCAAAUUUUAUCAGGGGGGGCAACUUCUUCUGCGUUUUUAUUCUUAUUUAUUUGCAUGUUUAUAACGAUAUAAGUGUACAGCUGUAAAUAUAUAAAGCCGUUCUAGUUCCGCAGUGGAAUGGUAUUUGUUUAUAU